CAAUCUAUAUAACAUAUCGUCACAUCAAUUACCUUUGUAAUAGCAGCAUCGGCUUAGUUUUGAAUGUGAUCACAAAAUGGUCAUGGCUUCCAAACACACGAAGCCGCGGGAGGAGGAAGAGGAGGAGGAGCCACUUGCCGGUGAAGGCAGGGAUGAGAAAUGUCCGGUGGAAGAAGUAGGGCUGGUGGUGCCGGAAACGGACGACCCCAGCAUGCCGGUGCUGACAUUCAGGGCAUGGUUUCUGGGGAUGUUCUCUUGCUUGCUGCUGAUAUUCCUCAACACAUUUUUCACCUACAGGACGCAGCCAUUGUUCAUCUCCGCCAUCCUGAUGCAGAUCGUAACACUGCCGCUGGGGCGGACGAUGGCGGCGAUCUUACCAAAGGGAAAGCUUAACCCGGGUCCCUUCAACAUCAAGGAACACGUGGUGAUCACGGUGUUGGCCAAUUGCGGCUCCGCUGCCGGAGGGAGUGAGGCCUACGCCAUGGGAGUUAUCACCGUCAUGAAGACUUACUACAAGCUCAAUCUCACCUUCUUCGCUGCUUUUCUCAUCGUUUUGACCAGCCAGUUGAUAGGGUAUGGAUGGGCAGGAAUGCUGAGGAAGUAUUUGGUUGAACCUGCGGAAAUGUGGUGGCCAUCAAACCUUGCUCAAGUUUCCCUUUUCAGGGCACUUCACGAGAAGGAAGAGAGGAAGAAAAAAGGGGUAACAAGAAUGCAAUUUUUCCUAAUGUUCAUGGCUGUCAGCUUUGCUUACUACACAUUCCCAGGCUACCUUUUCCCGCUGCUCACCUUCUUCUCUUGGACCUGCUGGCUGUUCCCUCGGAGCGUCACCGCCCAGCAAAUUGGGUCCGGAUACCAUGGGCUUGGGCUUGGUGCUUUCUCCCUGGACUGGGCCGGUAUCGCGGCUUAUCACGGCAGCCCACUGGUCACCCCCUGGGUUUCCAUCCUCAAUAUCGCCUUUGGUUUCAUCCUCUUCAUCUACGUCAUAUUCCCGGUGUGUUACUGGAAAUUCAACACUUUUGAAGCUCGCAGAUUCCCCAUAUUCUCCAACCAGCUGUUCGAUUCCCAGGGUCAAAACUACGAUGUUACUAAGAUUCUCAACUCCCAGUUCGAGCUGGACACCGCCGCUUUCCAGAAACGUGGGCCGCUCUACAUGUGUUCCAUGUAUGCCAUGUCAUUGGGCUCUGGAUUUGCAAGAACUUCUUCUGUUUUCAUGCACGUAGCCAUCUUCCAUGGCAGGGACAUAUGGAAGACAUUUGUGGGAUGUUCCAAGAACAUGAAAUUAGAUAUUCACGCGAGGCUGAUGAAGAACAACUACAAGGGAGUGCCGGAGUGGUGGUUCCUCAUCAUAUUAACCUCAAGUGUGGGUCUCUCACUGUUGGUUUCCGUUACGCUCAAACAAGACUUGCAAUUGCCAUGGUGGGGUUUCCUCUUUGCUGCUGGUCUGGCUUGGCUCUUAACCCUCCCUGUUGGUGUCAUCCAAGCCACCACCAACCAGCAACCAGGAUAUGACAUUGUAGCCCAGCUGAUGAUAGGGUACCUACUCCCUGGGAAGCCCAUAGCCAACUUGCUGUUCAAGGUUUACGGAAAGGCCAGUAUCCUCCACGCUCUUACUUUCCUGUCCGACCUCAAGCUGGGUCACUACAUGAAAAUCCCUCCAAGAAGCAUGUUCACUGUUCAGCUGGUGGGAUCCCUGGUUGCAAGUCUGGCCAACCUGGGGAUCGGGUGGUGGAUGCUGGGAAGCAUCCCCAACAUCUGUGAUGUCGAGGUGCUUCAUCCUGAUAGCCCAUGGACUUGCCCCAGGUUCCGAGUCAUGUUCGACACCACCGUGGUUUGGGGCUUACUCGGACCGGAACGCCUGUUCGGCCCCAAAGGUCUGUACAAGAACAUGAUCUGGUUAUUCCCCUUGGGGGCUCUGUUGCCCCUCCUGGUGUGGGUUGCCACCAAGACCUUCCCCAAACAAAAAUGGAUUCCUCUCAUCAACAUCCCUCUCAUCACCUGUGGAUUUGUGGGGAUUCCACCCGCUGCACCCACCAACAUCGCCAGCUGGAUCCUGGUCGGGAUGGUGUUCAACCAUUUGCUCUUCAAAUACCAAAAGGGCUGGUGGCAGAAGUACAACUACGUCCUUUCCUCCGCACUGGAUGCCGGCACCGCUUUCAUGGGUGUAUUGAUUUUCUUCGCCUUGCAGAAUUCCGGUAAGAAUCUCAAAUGGUGGGGAACCCAACCCGAUCACUGUCCUCUGGCAACAUGCCCAACAUCUCCCGGGAUUGUUGUAUCAGGAUGCCCUUCUCUCAAUUAGGUCAUUUUUCAGAUCAGUGGAAUAAUCUUUUCACUGACUGCACUUUCACACAAGUCAAUCUCGCCCAGCGUGUGGCAUUGUUAUCAACUAAAAUGUUUUGGUACCUGCUGCUAGCUAGCUUCUAUACCAAUUACUUCAGAUUUUCUUGGUUGAAUGAGGAAUACCUAUUGCGAUCCAAGCUUCCUGUACAACAGACUGACCUAUCAUUACAAAGCAAGGAAAAUACCAAUGACAUGUGAAACUCCUUUGUACCAAACCUACAACAUACUUCCGAGAUGCCCUGCCAUCAAAUAGUAUUUUGCAAACGAAGUCUCCAAGCUGCACGGGGAUGCAAGUGCUUUUAAGGCCAAAAAGGAACCAAUCAUACACUUGAUGCUUCAACUAAAAAGACUAUACCAGAUACCCUAAUUAUGAUCGAUAGCCGAUAUAGCACUGCCAUCUUAAUUGCACAGAAACGAAGAUAUACAAAACAAAGAAUUGAUCAAAUUUUGGUAAAAGGGGGUAUCAAGUGUCAACUCUAUCAAGCCUUUGUUUUUUCUUUUCUUUUUUUUUUCCUUUUUGGG